GGCAAGAUCAGAUGUCACUAUAAGUUAGGGCUGGAGGGCUCUGGGUGGUGACAGUGCCAGCAGCCGGCCUUGCUCCUUUGGGCUCCCCUCUCUGCAGACUUACUUCACAGAAACCCACAGCAGCCAUGUCUGACGAGGAAGUUGAACAGGGAGAGGAAGAGUACGAAGAGGAAGGGUGGUCACCUGCUCUGGGUUCCUUUCUACUCUCAGAAGCCCAGGAAGAAGAAGUCCAAGAGGAAGUUCAUGAAGCAGUCCAUGAACCAGAGGAAGUCCAAGAAGAUGGCGCCGCGGACGAGCAAGAGGAUUACGCGGAAGAGGAGAAGCCUCGGCCAAAACUCACCGCUCCUAAGAUCCCGGAAGGAGAGAAGGUCGAUUUUGACGACAUCCAAAAGAAGCGGCAGAAUAAAGACCUAAUUGAACUUCAAGCCCUCAUUGAUAGUCACUUUGAAGCCCGGAAGAAGGAGGAGGAAGAGCUGAUUGCUCUUAAGGAGAGAAUCGAGAAGCGCCGAGCUGAGAGAGCUGACCAGCAGAGAAUCCGGGCCGAGAAGGAGAGAGAGCGGCAGAACAGACUGGCCGAGGAGAAGGCCAGGCGAGAGGAGGAAGAUGCCAAGCGUCGGGCAGAGGAUGACCUGAAAAAGAAGAAGGCUCUCUCGUCCAUGGGGGCCUCAUACAGCAGUUACUUAGCAAAGGCUGAUCAGAAGAGAGGGAAGAAACAGACUGCCCGAGAGAUGAAGAAGAAGGUUCUGGCUGAGAGGCGUAAACCACUCAAUAUCGAUCAUCUGGGUGAUGACAAGCUGAGGGACAAGGCCAAGGAGCUGUGGGACACACUGUACCAGCUCGAGACUGACAAGUUUGACUUUGGGGAGAAACUGAAGAGGCAGAAGUAUGAGAUCAUGACUGUGCGUGCCAGGGUGGAGAUGUUGGCUAAGUUCAGCAAGAAGGCCGGUGCCAAGGGCAAGGUCGGUGGGCGCUGGAAGUGAGGCAGAGAGUCCGCCUCCAGAGUGGAGAUGGGGAGAUCACUCCGCUGCAAACCGCCCCUUCAGAUGCUGCCGCCCACCCACCUCCCCUUCUGCCUCUGACCCCCAGAGAGGGAAAGGGGGAGCCUCAGCGAGCCGCCCGACAGACUC